AUGCAAACAUGCUCCUCAAAAAUUUUAACAAAAAAUAUUUAUUUUAUAUUUCGAAUGCGAUUCCGAAUUACAAUAUGUAUUCAUCCAAAAAUCACUUUCCUAUCAAUGGUUUUAUUAAUAUUCAUAUUUAAUUAUAGUAAGAAUAUUCUUUGUGAUAAAAAUCGAAAUAUUUAUAAUUCAACAUGUAAAACAUCAAUUGAUUCAUAUAAAAAAUGUUAUAAACAUGUUAUCGAAUUAGUACCUAAUGAGAACGUUGCAAAUGGUAUUGAAACAUAUUUUUUUCUUAAAAAUCAAUUGAAAACUAUUGAUAAAACAUUAAAUAUUUCACUUUAUUGGAAUCAAGAUGAUCGUUUAAAACCUUUUACAAAUUUAAUUUCAUCAAAAAAUCAAUGUCAGAUAUUAUAUGUUGGAGCUAAUCAAGCUGGAACAGAUGGAAUUGAAUUUAUUAAACAAUAUCAAUAUUGUCAUGUCUGGUUUUUAGAACCAGUUUUACAAUUUUAUGAUAAAUUAAUUCAUUCUGAUAAAAUAUUACGAGAACUAAAUACAGGUAAACAUCAUAUCUAUCAUAUUGGAUUAUCAAAUAAAAAUCAUCUUAUUGAUGUAACAUUGAAAGAUAUUCAAGAAUCAGAAGCUGUUACUUUAGUUGGAAAACAAGAUAAUCAACAAUAUAUUGAUAAUCAACAAAAAUAUAAGUUAAUUUUAAGAGAUAUUGCAGAAAUAUUAUUCGAAUUUAAUAUAUUAUCAAAGAUAGAUAAUAUUACUUUUAAUGGAGAAUUAAAUUUAUUACAUCUUAAUUGUGAAGGUUGUGAAUAUGAUGUUAUUGAAAGAUUAAUCAAUACAAAUUUAACUAAAUAUAUUAGAAUAAUACAAUUUGGUUCACAUAGACCAUCAACUAUUCGUUCAUCUAUUAAUCAAAGAUAUUGUUGCUUACAACAAUUAUUAUCAAUUACACAUCAAUUACAAUUUGGUAUACCAUGGGCAUGGGAAAGAUGGUUAAGAUAUGAUUUAAUUAACAAAAAUGACUAA